GCUUUUUCCCGGGGCGUGCGCUGAGGAAAAGGAGGAGCCUUACCUGCAGAUCGGUAGCAGCGAAAGGAGGAGCCGGGGCAGCUUCCCUCCUGAUCCCAGGCCGAGCAGGAAGAAGAGCUCUCUGCAGAGGCACGGCCCGCCAAGCCUGAGCCGCGAAGGAUCGCCUUGCGCCCGGAGCUGGGGCGCCCGAGCUGCUGCCGGCGGCGCCGCUGAGGGGCGAAGACGCCCAGAUGGCUGCGGGCCGGUGGGUUGCGCUACUGCUGCUGGCGGCGGGUGCUUUGGCUCUACCUGCGGCAGAUGCCUUUGUAAUCAACCUUCGGACUGUCGAAAACAUUACAGUGAAGAUAAAACCUGGACCUGCAGAUCCAAAGUUUUGUCAACUAUUUGUGGGAGGAAAGCCACAUGUUACUGAACAAAAGAUAACACCUGGACAGCUGCUUGAUUUUACUUUUGGUUGCCAGACACCAGAGAAAUACUGGGUCUUGGUGGUUGAGAGAGACAUAGAUUGUUCGAUAGGACCAUGCCCUUUGGAAGAGGUUCUGCUUCAGCCUUCUGGAUUACCACGCCUCAACAGGACUUUUGCUUGGGAGGUUAAAGCUGACAGACUUGUUGGACUUGAACUGAAGUUCUCUACAUGGUUAAGGCAACUCCUACCUGGACACACUUGCUCUGAUCAAGUUCUUUAUAACAUCGGCAGCCGACUGAACGCAAACAGAGUCAACAUUGGAAACUUCUGCAGAAAUGGUCCGGUGUCUCGGGUGAAGGUUCAAGGUGGACUCAGUUUGACACUUCAUCUUCCUUGGGACUCAAAGCUCAAUUCCUCUGGCUUUAUACUAGACAGUAGAUCUUCCAUACGAAGAUUGUUCAUUAUUGAAGCUACAUUUCUUACUGAAUCAUCAGCAACCUUGAUGUCAGCUAACUACCCGUUGGCAUCACCAGAAGAUGAACUCAUGACGUGGAUUUUUGUUGUGCCAUCCAACUUAAGAGCACAUGUCCGAUUCCUCAACUAUACCAAACCAAAUUGCGAACGGAAAUACGAGAGAGUGGAGUACGGCUUACCUCCACCCUACUCCCCGCAUGAGGUUAAAGUGUUGCAACUGAAUGAGGUGCAACCCGUCAAUAUUGCGGGGAAUUUCAACCUUUCCCUGCAUGGUUGUGACCAGGAUAACCGGAAUCCUGGGUCCCUCAGUCUGCUCUUUCAAGUUGAUGUUCGGUAUCCUAUAAACAUAGCGAAUGUAACCCACAUAAUUGACUUGAGGGGCAGUAAGAACAUGAAUAUUACAAUUUAUUCAAAGCCAAUCAAACCUGGGUCUGAGGUGGGAAACCAACCUGAAUGCUUGGUCUGUGUUGGUCAUAGUCGAAACUGUAAACCUAAUGCGACUUUGUUCUCUGAGGAGAGAUACUCAGUCACGUUUCUGUGCCGAAAUCUGGAGAAUGUAAGAAUUGCGGCUGAGCAAUCUAUAGUCUGUUGGAAUUCCAGGCUUUGCCAAGACAGGCUCUUUCCUCUGAUGGUCCCACGGUCUCUUACCGAGCUGCCAAUCCUAAUGGACACAUUUACAUGGAAACUCCAUGCUCCAGAUGACGUCAGCAUAGAAAUCAAGUCUCCAACCUUGAAACUGAAGCAACAUAUCCCAAACCAGAAUCAAAUGUGCACCGGGAGUUACAGUUAUUCCAUUAAUAGCACUACCCCAGGAAAGGCGCUAAGCCUUGGCUUACUCUGCCCUGGGGGAGCCAUUGAAAAAAUUAAGAUGCGAGACAAUGUCACCAUAACCCUUAGGACAUACGGAAAGAGGUGGUUCAGUGAAUCUCAGACACAGAAUCUGCAGUUGUUCUUCAGGCCAGAGGCGCAAGAAGACUGUAUUUUCACCCUUACACCAGAUCCCAAUGCCAAAAUUUACCUCCAGACCCCCAAUUGGUUGGAAGGCUUGCCUCCUUUCAUAUCUUCUUAUUGGAACAUCAGUGUGCAACCAAAGCAAGUUGCACGGCUCUCCUUCCUAAGCGAACGGAUGGGUGUGACUUGUGAAAAAAGCAGAGCGUUCACCAAUGUAAAGGAACAGAGACCAAAUGCAGAGGAAACAGUGUGUCGUGAUGAUGAAAAGCUGCCAAGAGCUCUAGAUCUGCGCCACCAUUUCUGGGUAAACAUCACUAACUGCAAACCAUCUGCCAAGCGUAUCCUGAGCAUGCAAUUUGUGGUGACACUUAAUACAAACAAAUCAGGAGUGGGAGUUGUCGUUGGUGCAGUAGUUGGCACAAUAGUGGUGCUAGCAGCUGUCGGGCUUGUUGUCUGCUGCGUUAUAAAGAAGAAGAAGAAUAAAAAGAAAAAAGAAAGCCAGGUCCCAAUGGUGGGAGUGUAUAAUACCAACAUCAACACCCAAAUACCUGGACGGCAGGGCAUAUUCAAAAAGGAAAGGAAGAAAAAUGAGUCUCAUGUCUAUGCAGUGAUCGAUGAGGCCAUGGUUUAUGGACACUUGCUGGAUAACUCUGUGAGACCAGAAAAUGCAGAGGUGGGAGUUUACCGGCCUUUUUCUGGGCCCAUGAUUACCACACCACCUUCCCCUCCUCCAAUUCGGAAAGCAUCCAAAGCACCCGAGACCGAGGAGUCGUUGCCCAUGCUCAUGACAGACAAUGAGAACUAUACCUUUACAUGCCGUCCAGCUGAGGAACCCCAGAGCAACGGUGAUGUGAAUGUGAGUGGCAAUGGAACUGUGGACAGCAAGUCAUUGCUUGAACAGAACAAAGAGGAAACUGUAGCAGAAUAAUCUUGGUGGCAAAUGCAUGACUUCUGUGGUUCAGAAACAAAAUGAAGUCUUAACACUUGAAGAGCUUGCUAGUGUUUUAAAAGGAGAAUACCUGUUGACAUCAGCUUUUCUGUGGUCUCUUUGAAAAAACGGAUUGGAUGCAGCUCUGCUUAGUUUUUGGAAUGGAUUUUCAAACAGUGACUUGCAAUAGAAUGUUGUGUAGGAAUGCAAACAACUUUGGACGUGGAAAGGGACAGCAACGGUGUGUUUUCAGAUUGUUAUGACGAAUGGACUUAAAUGCCAGAAAGGAAAAGCAAGCGACCCAAGUUUUGGAUGUUAGUUGUAACUGGAGAAUGACAUGGCUGAAAAGAUGCAUUGCAUCUUCUAUCCUCUAAGAAGAGGGUGUCACAAGGAACUGACUGCAAGUUGGUCAUGCUGUAAAAUGAAUGUUUAACACAAAAUAGGCAUUUCCAACUGGACUUUUGCCAGUUGUUAUUCCUGUGGGUUGACUUCCUAAUAUGUAUCCAAGGAUUGCACCACAUCCUGAACAGAACAAAUAUACAACUAAACAGCAAAACUGGCUGUGCCAUUUGUAAAGGGGAAUUCCAUUUAUUCCCACUUUCAAUCAGUUGUGUAAUAUUUAUACAAUUAAGGACAAUUUAUUUUUAUUUUUCCUCAAUGUUUAUAUGGAAAUAUUAUUGUGAAUGCUUAACAAUAAUCUUCAGUGUUGUUUUUUAAAGGUUGGGUCUUGUCAAGGAUCUUCUAAUGCAGACAAAUUUAUUUUUACAGCCUUAAACAUUGCCAAGGCAUUAUGUUGAUUAUCAGCCUAUAAUUCCAAAGACUGUAGACAGAAACAUAAAAAUAUCAGUGUGUAUGCUAGUGGGAAACAAAUUCACAGUGACUUGUGAUCUUGAACAUCACUGUUUCUGAGACAGCCUUAUGCUCUGAGGUUCCCUAGAAAUGGCACUGUAAAAAUAUACAAUUUUGCACACAAGCAGCUAAAUAUUUGCUUUCAACUACAAAAGCACAGAACUAAAGAAAGCAUUUGUUGAACUUGUAUGAGUAAUGCAAACAGGCAGUCAUCAGAUCUUUGUACUGUAAUUUCAUAGCCCAAAUGUCUACCUGCCUCAAGUGCCUCAUUUGGAAUAUGGGAAGUAUUUUUGUGGAACAUACACGGUUUUGCACAAGGAAAGGCUUUGCACUUGACAGGCUCAUUGUGAAUUUCCUCUUACAUGGUUAUUAAUUAAAUGGAAUGUUAGGAAAGAAGUGGAAAGAGCAUUUUCCUUUCCUUUAAUUCCAUCAUCAUGCUUUAUUUUUUUUUUGAAGAAAUAUAAUCACCACCCAGAGAUUUCGCUUUAAAAUAUUCAAUAAGAUGAUGUAGACAUUUUCUCUAGUCUUUGUGAACCCUUCUUGAAACUGGCAUAUUGCACAAGAUGUAUUGCAUAAUCUUCAUUUAACUUGAGCAAGGGAUAGUUCCACUGACUCAGGGAUAAGGAGAGGGGUGUUUAUAAGCAGAGUUUUAACUAAUAUCACAAUCCAAAGUUAAUAGUUAGGAUUUGGUAGGUUUUGUUUUGUGGUGAUGCUCUUAUACACUGGAGCUUUUGAACUACCGUCUUUCCAGAAGCAACUCUCUCCACAGAAUUGGAAGGGACUUUGGAGACCAUACAUCCCCACUUCCCAUACAGUGCAUCCGUGACAGAUGCCUGCCUAGUGCUGCUUAAACACUUAAACUAAUCUGCUUCCCUUCUAAUGUUUAGCUGAAAUCUGUUCCGCUGCGCUUUCCUCCCACUGAUUCACAUUGCCCAACAAUUUGGUCCUGUUUCAGAAACAUCAGGGUGGUUCUCCACUGGGAUGGACUGACACAAUGAAAAAGGCAACGUGAAGGUACCUGUGGAAUCACUUGCGCUUAGCAGCUUUUAGACUUCUUUCCCCUGUUCAGUUCAGCAUAUUUUCUACAUCCUCAUAUACCUUUACUUCGUCUUUUAAACCAUGUAUUAUGUUGACGCCAUCAACCAGUUUACAUUUUUCACAUUCCAUUGUUGCACUAUUUUUUUACUUCUAAUUGUUGGUAUUCACUCUCUUUACUGAAAUUGCACACUCUAGUUUGGGUUGGACCUAGUUGGGUGCCCUCUUAAAGUGCUUGCUGCGGUUUGCUUGCAUUGCAUAAUCUGCCCAGAGUUUCUUAAGGCUCACAUUUUAUGUAGAAACCAGUAAACACUAGGCCAUUGCACAACUGUGAGAGAGAUGGAGCUGGAGUCUUUGCCCACUGAAAGAAAAUAGCGCCCUUGUUCGUGCAGAGAUUCAUUCACACUACAUAGUUGUAUGUGUCUGGUGAAAAUUGUCCUGGAUGCUUGCCUUUAUUUUAUAAAUAUGAAAAGACGCUUCCAGAGUUGCAAAAAACACCAUUUCCUGGCAGCAUAGCUAUUUCCAAAAUGAAUUUUCUUUCACAGGAGAAUGCUAUUGCAACAGCAUCUUCAUAAGAACACAGGAUCAAAUUGAUGUGGAAAUAGGCCCACCCAGCCUUUCUUGGCUAUUAUUUCUCUGUUGCUAUUUCCAUAGAAGAGGGCUGGGGAAACUUAGGCCUGGCGACUGAAACUAGCUUUCCUGGCAUCCCAAACUGCCCUUUGGGGGAACCUAAAUGGUACCUCCCCUGACCACCAAUGGCUUGUUUCUGGGCUUCUGUGCCAUUUUCCUCCUUUCUCCUAAAGGAGGAAAUGCCUCUCCUAAACUUGUACUUAGUUUAAGUACAAUAUACUGGCAGCUUUCCCCCCCCCUUUUUUGGUAGUUUUAGGCCCCCUUUGCCUUUGAUCCUGUCCAUCGAUGGAUUACAGUCCCCAAAAAUCUUCUCCAAAAUGGAAUUUGGAACUUAGACUAAAAUAAGUUCCCCAUCCAUGCUAUAAAGCUUAAUCCAAUGAUCAUUUAUCACCUGUGGAUGCUUCUGUUGCACUCUGUUUUAAAAUAGGUUUAUAUUGACCUGGUCUUUGUAAAAAAUUUGUGACACUUUUGAGUACGACUGAUUUUUUUGAGGGGGGGUAUUCUUGUAAAAUAGUUUUUCCUCUGACACAGCUUUUUUAUCUAACUUGCCCUUUCUGGUUGCAAUAAAAUGGUAAAAUUUGUUUGAAAA